GUUUCCAACAACACAAGGCAAACAAGCAGCACUAGUGCCCUGUAUAGUGUAUAUCGAACAAAACCAAAUCUUUAUUCACUAUCAAAAAGACACAACUGGUAAAACCAUAUCACGGUACCUGGGCCCAGCACACACACCAAACGUUUUUGUGUCAAAAUAACCCUUUUGUUGUGCAGUGGGUGUAAUGGCUGCUGCUCUGAAAUCAACUCCUUCCUUCCUCCAACUGAAAAAACCAGAGACCCAUUUCCUCGUCCGUCACAAACCCACUAUCGUUUCAACCAGAAGGUUCGCGCCAAUGGCUUCUCUCACUGCAAUCCGAAGUCUUGGCAUUGGAGAAACGUUCUCCAAUCUCAAAAAACAAGGCAAAGUGGCGCUCAUCCCAUACAUCACAGCUGGUGAUCCUGAUCUUAAAACCACAGCGGAAGCCUUGAAGGUGCUGGACGCCUGUGGAUGUGACAUAAUUGAACUAGGUGUUCCUUACUCCGAUCCCCUGGCAGAUGGUCCGGUUAUCCAGGCGGCAGCUACACGCUCCUUGGCUAGAGGGACCAAUUUUGAAGCGAUCACAUCAAUGUUAAGGGAGGUCGUUCCACAAGUAUCCUGUCCAAUUGCUUUAUUUACAUAUUACAAUCCAAUUCUAAAGCGUGGAAUUGAGAAGUUUAUGUCCACUGUAAAAGACAUUGGCGUACAUGGACUUGUGGUCCCAGAUGUUCCUCUGGAGGAGACUGGAGUUCUGAGGAAGGAAGCUGUCAAGAAUAAGCUUGAACUGGUACUUCUUACAACGCCCACUACUCCUACGGAACGCAUGAAAGCCAUUGUUGAAGCAGCAGAUGGAUUUGUGUAUCUUGUGAGCUCAGUUGGAGUUACUGGCGCUCGUGCUUCUGUAAGUGACCGAGUUCAAACUCUUCUCCGGGAUAUUAAAGAGUCAACAACCAAGCCUGUAGCUGUUGGCUUUGGUAUAUCAAAACCUGAGCAUGUCAAGCAGGUUGCAGCAUGGGGUGCUGAUGGUGUCAUUGUUGGUAGUGCCAUGGUGAAGUUGUUGGGUGAAGCAAAAUCUCCCGAGGAAGGAUUGAAGGAACUAGAGAGUUUCACGAAAUCUUUAAAAGCUGCACUUCCUUGAACUCAAUUUUGUGGGGAUCAAAUGAAAGCUUGAAACUCUUAUUUUCAACAGCAAUAUAUGCAUUGAAAUUGAAUAAAAACGAAUCUUGUUUACCA